CACCGCCAACCACGAUGCGGUUCCUCCUCACACUCGCCACCACGCUGCUCGCGUACAGCACCGCCGUCUGCGCCACGGCGCUCACGUACAGGCUCGAAGCCCACGAGAAAGCGUGCUUCUUCGCGCAAGUCGACCACAAGGGGACCAAGGUGGCUUUCUACUUUGCCGUGCAGAGUGGUGGCAGUUUCGAUGUCGAUUACAGCGUUGUCGGGCCGUCUGCGCACAGGGCAGGGUCGUCGGACUCGAUGCCCUCAGAGAGAGUCAUUCUAGAUGGGACGAAGGAGAGGCAGGGCGAUUUCGUCUUCACAGCGAACGAGGUGGGCGAGUAUCGCUUCUGCUUCAACAACGAGAUGAGCACAUUUGCAGAGAAGAUGGUGGAUUUCGAGAUCGCUGUCGAGAACGAAGCCCCCCGCGCCGCCAUCCCCUCGAAACAAGGCUCCUCCCCCGAACAAACCACCGUCCUCGAAGAAUCCAUCCUCAAGCUCUCCGCCCAGCUGUCCACCAUCUCCCGCAACCAGAAGUACUUCCGCACGCGCGAGAACCGCAAUUUCAGCACCGUUAAGAGCACAGAGAAGCGCAUCUUCAACUUCUCGCUCAUGGAGAGCGGGCUGAUGAUUACUAUGGCUGGAUUGCAGGUCUUUAUUGUGCGCUUCUUCUUCCAGGGCGCGAGGAAAGGAUAUGUAUGAACCAUGGACGAUCGCGAGGAGGACGGAGGAUUGGGGGGAGUGGGAGAUAUGGCUGCGUUCAGUGUUUUGCCGGGCGCUUGUCGGUUUUUGAGCGUUGUACCAAUACCAUGGCUUGUUUUGUUGCGGCACUUCUGGAAAAAACUGGUUUAGAGAAUGGAGAUCAUACCCCUACAAAAUGAGUUGGUUGCUCACUCCAUAUCUUCUCACUGUUACGGAGGUCCUCGGAGAAGGCGCUAAUACGGGCGUGAGUGAACAGUGAAGAGUGGUGAUGUGCUAGACAGACUAUGCAUGCGCCUCAUAGAUCCAAACGGACGUCGCGGUAAUACUACCACGACAUAUCUGCG